AUGGAUAUAGGCGCCGUUCAAGAGGGUGGUUUAGUUGAUAUAGGCGCCGUUCAGGACGGUGGUUCAGUUGAUAUAGGCACCGUUCAGGAGGGUGGUUCAGUUGAUAUAGGCGCCGUUCAGGAAGGUGGUUUCAUGGAUAUAGGCGACGUUCAGGAGGGUGGUUUCAUGGAUAUAGGCGCCGUUCAGGACGGUGGUUUCAUGGAUAUAGGUGACGUUCAGGAGGGUGGAUUAAUGGAUAUAGGCGCCGUUCAGGAAGGUAGUUUAAUGGAUAUAGGCGCCGUUCGGGAGGGAGGUUUAAUGGAUAUAGGCGUCGUUCAGGAAAGUGGUUUACUUGAUAUACGCGUCGUUCACGUGGUUCGUUAUACGCGCCUUUCAGGAGGGUGGUUUAGUUGUAUAGGCGCCGAUACGAGGAUGGUUUAUUUGAUAUACGCCUUUCAGGGGUGGCGUCGUCCGGGAGAGGAUUCACUUGAUAUAGGCGCCGUUCAGGAGUGUGGUUCAGUUGAUAUAGGCGCCGUUCAGGAGGGUAGUUCAGUUGAUAUAGGCGCCGUUCAGGAGGGUGGUUUAGUUGAUAUUGGCGCAGUUCAGGAGGGUGGUUCAGUUGACAUAGUCGCCGUUCAGGAGGGUGGUUUAGUUGAUAUAGGCGCCGUUCAGGAGGGUGGUUCAGUUGAUAUAGGCGCCGUUCUGGAGGGUGGUUCAGUUGGUAUAGGCGCCGUUCAGGAGGGUGGUUUCAUGGAUAUAGGUGCCGUUCAGGAAGGUGGUUUAGUUCAUAUCGGCGCCGUUCAGGAGGGUGGGUUCAUGGAUAUAGGCGCCGUUCAGGAGGGUGGUUUCAUGGAUAUAGGCGCCGUUCAGGAGGGUGGAUUAAUGGAUAUAGGCGCCGUUCAGGAAGGCGCCGUUCAGGAGGGUGGUUCAGUUGAUAUAGGCGCCGUUCAAGAGGGUGGUUUCAUGGAUAUAGGCACCGUUCAGGAGGGUGGUUUCAUGGAUAUAGGCGCCGUUCAGGAGGGUGGUUCAGUUGAUAUAGGCGCCGUUCAGGAAUGUGGUUUCAUGGAUAUAGGCGACGUUCAGUGGGUUGGUUUCAUGGAUAUAGGCGCCGUUCAGGAGGGUGGUUUCAUGGAUAUAGGCGACGUUCAGGAGGGUGGAUUAAUGGAUAUAGGCGCCGUUCAGGAGGGUGGUUCAGUUGAUAUAGGCGCCGUUCAGGAGGGUGGUUUCAUGGAUAUAGGCGCCGUUCAGAAUGGUGGUUUACUUGAUUUAGGCGCCGUUCAGGAGGAUGGUUUAGUUGAUAUAGGCGCCAUUCAGGAGCGUGGUUUCAUGGAUAUAGGCGCCGUUCAGGAGGGUGGUUCAGUUGAUAUAGUCCCCCUUCAGGAUGGUGGUUUAGUUGAUAUUAGCGCCGUUCAGGAGGGUGGUUUAAUGUAUAUAGGCGUGGUUCGGAAGGGUGGUUUACUCGAUAUAGGCGCCGUUCAGGAGGGUGCUUUAGUUGAUAUAGGCGUCGUUCAGGAGGGUGGUUUAAUGGAUAUAGGCGUCGUUCAGGAGGUUGGUUUAAUGGAUAUAGACGCCGUUCUGGAGUGUGGCUUAAUGGAUAUAGACGCCGUUCAGGAGGAUGGGUUAAUGGAUAUAGGCGCCGUUCAGGAGUGUGGUUUCAUGGAUAUAGGCGCCGUUCAGGAGGGUGGUUCAGUUGAUAUAGGCGCCGUUCAGGAGGGUGGUGCAUUUGAUAUAGGCGCCAUUCAGGAGAGUGGUUUCAUGGAUAUAGGCGCCGUUCGAGAGGGUGGUUUAGUUGAUAUAGGCGCCGUUCAGGAGGGUGGUUCAGUUGAUAUAGGCACCGUUUAG